AUGCCUGCCCAGAAGCAGUGGGACGAAGAGGAGUCGGACGCCAGCACCACUCCUCCCUCCUCCCCUCCCGCCGGUGUCGUUCGCCGCGGCAACAAGUUCGACGAUGAGGAAGGCGAGGAUAGCGAUGUCCUCGACUCGUGGGACGCCGCCGAAGACUCCGAAGUAGAGCGCGAGAAGGCCAAGAAGGCUGCCGAAGCCAAGGCCAAGGCUGAUGCUGAAGCCGCCGCCGCCAAAAAGUCCAAGAAGCAGCGCAUCCUCGAGCACCAGGCCGAGCGCGCCAGACAGCUCGCCGAGGGCAGCGAUAGCGAGGAUGAGACCGAGGCUGAGCGCCGUGAGCGACUGAAGCGCACCGAGAUCGAGUCCGACUUGAACCACGCUGCCGAUCUCUUCAGCGGCAUUGGUGUCACCACUCGAAAGACCACCACAGCCGGGUCCGCCAUUCCCAUCGACCCCAAGGACCCCACCAAGACCGUCGACUUGGGCUCGCUGCCUCUGCUCAACCCCCAGACCAAGUUGCAGUUUGAAAACAUGCGCAGCGUCCUGGUUCCCAUCAUCGGCAACAACUCCAAGAAGGCUCACUACACACUGUUCCUUCAGGAGUUUUCCAAGCAGUUGGCCAAGGAUCUCCCCAGCGACCAGAUCAAGAAGAUUGCAAGCACCCUCACGGCUCUCAGCAACGAGAAGUUGAAGGAGGAGAAGGCCGCUGAGAAGGGUGGAAAGAAGACCAAGGCACAGAAGACCAAGACGACCCUGGUUACCUCCCGAGCCAACACCCAGGAUACCGCCACGUACGACGACGACUUCGGUGACGACGACUUUAUGUGA